UAUCGGAGCGCAUCUAUAAUCUUCAUGUGCAAUCUAACCUAUUAUUUAAAAAAGCUAAAAUUUUGCCCUAUACAUUAACGACAUGCAUCGUUAACGAGCGUGUUCUCACACUUGCGAAUUCGUUAUAUGAUAAACGCAAGAGAGGUUCGUUGUCAUUUUUUUUCCUAGACAUUUGUAGCUGUAGCGCCUUUGGUAGCAGCGGCGGCAGUGGCGCGGUAGCGGCUCGGUUGGAGACGUUGGAGUUACAUCUGUAUGUUACAAAUCUUCCCGAGUUGUCAAGAUGCUUUCGAGGAUGUUGCAAAAGCCGUUAAUCGUUGCGAUUAAGAAAAGUUCCACCUCGCGAUAUUUCAAUGCCUGGCAGCGGUGUAACUUUUCCUCUCAAAGAAUACCGCCCGAUUUGAAGGAUACGCAGAGGAAGAAUGUUACGUCAUUUCCACCGCUGACAGAACCCAUCCCGAAUUUGCCGAGAGCUGUUUAUUCAACCGCGAAGGAGGAGCAUCAAACGACGCAGAUCACAGUCUUGCCAAAUGGUUUGAAAGUCGCGUCCGAGAAUAGAUUUGGACAAUUUUGCACCAUAGGUGUUCUCAUUGAUUCGGGUCCACGACAUGAGGUGGCAUAUCCCAGCGGCAUCUCGCACUUUCUUGAAAAGUUAGCAUUUAGUUCUACAAAUACAUUUGACAGCAAGGAUAAGAUAAUGCUAGUCCUAGAAAAACAUGGGGGUAUAUGCGACUGUCAAGCAUCUCGGGAUACAUUUGUCUACGCAGCAUCGGCGGAACGCCGUGGGUUGGAUAUAGUUACUCAAGUUCUAGGUGAUAUUGUCUUGAGACCUCAAAUUACGGAAGAGGAGGUACAAAUUGCCAGGCAAACUGUACACUUUGAAUUGGAAUCUUUACACACCAGGCCAGAGCAAGAGCCUAUACUGAUGGACAUGAUUCAUUCUGCUGCGUACAAACAGAACACACUAGGUUUGCCCAAGAUCUGUCCAGAAAAGAACAUCGAAAAGAUUGAUAGGAAAACUUUACACACAUAUCUCAAGCAUCAUUAUGUACCUAAUAGAAUGGUAGUCGCUGGAGUUGGUGUUGAACACGAUGACCUGGUUCACGCCGUUUCCAAAUAUUUCGUAGAUCAGAAACCCAUCUGGGAGGAACAAUCUGAUCUUGUUCUGGGAAGUAACGCAAGUACUGUCGAUAUGUCUAUCGCACAAUACACUGGAGGAUAUGCUUUGGAGGAAUGCAAUGUGCCGAUUUAUGCGGGACCCAGUGGAUUACCCGAAUUGUCACACGUUGUUAUAGGUUUAGAAGGCUGCUCCCAUCAAGAUCCAGAUUUCGUUGCUAUGUGUGUAUUAAAUAUGAUGAUGGGAGGCGGUGGCAGCUUUAGUGCAGGCGGUCCUGGAAAGGGCAUGUACACGCGUUUGUACACCAAUGUAUUGAAUAGGUAUCAUUGGUUGUACAGUGCAACCGCAUACAACCAUGCUUAUGCAGACACUGGUUUAUUCUGUAUUCAUGCCUCGUGUACACCGUCUCAUGUGAAGGAUAUGGUAGAAGUGAUUGUACACGAGAUGGUCAACAUGACCAGCGGAAUCUCGGAUAACGAAUUAGCGAGAGCAAAAAAGCAAUUGCAGUCGAUGCUACUUAUGAAUUUAGAACAACGGCCUGUUGUAUUCGAAGAUAUUGGUAGACAGGUUCUAGCGACUGGCUCGAGAAAACGACCUGAAUACUUCAUGCAAGCCAUUGAUAGAAUAUCUAAGGAUGACAUCAACCGAGUAGCGCGACGUUUAUUGAAAUCACCACCUUGCGUAGCGGCACGUGGCGAAGUAAAGUCUGUACCCUCCAUGGCGGACAUUCAAAACGGCUUGCUUGAUUCACAAGGUCGGUUACCCGGUUUUCGCAGCAGACUAUCACUUUUUCGUUAAAAUCUUGGGUAACAUGUUUGACCAAACUUCUCAGCGUAAAUAAAGGUUACUUAUCCACAUUUAGUUAUACAUUAAUGGAAUACUGAACGUUCAAUUCUCAUUGAACUAAACCCUGCAAAUGACACGAGUCGUGUUUUCACUUUGAAACAAAAUUCAGAUUACAAAAAUAACUGAAUUUUUUUUACACUAACGAUGUUAUAAAAAAUUGUAACAGAACGGAUAUUCGGAGAUUUUAAUAUAAUGCAACGUUUCUUGUGUAUAUUAUCUAGAUUUUGUACAUACGAUAUAUGAAGGAAUAAAUUAGAAAUAAUUCGUCAUUCAACAGC